AUGAUCUGCCGGUUUGGUCCAACCGCCGUGUCGCGUUGCAGGACGUCUGUAACGGCGCUCGUCUUGGCUCCGACACAGUCAGCACUCCGGGAGUUUCAUAGCGUAUAUGGAAUCGCCGCCUCUCUUGCCAUGUGCACGGGGUGUGUUCUCUGCUUUGGGUCGUGGGCGAACAAGAUCUGUAACGUGAGAAAAUACGGUCGCUGGAGGUUUUGCAAUAGUCUUGAUGACGCCAUAAUGGUGUCGGAUUUUAAAACUGCUCAGUACAUUGGUGGCUUCAUUGAGUUUUUGUUACACUGGUUUAUAGUGGGUCCCAAGAAGUAUCGCUACGAUAGCAACUUGGCUGACGUGCCGGAUAAACAAGCGCUUUGGACCGUUCUAGACGAAGUGAAGAAGGUGUGGGGUUAG